CAGGGGUCCACGUGCCGAGGAACCCCGACUUUCGGGCAUCACGGUAUGCAGGACGAAGUCACCACCCAAUUCCCAUCAAAAAUGAACGAUCACCUGGUCUGUCAUUCUACCAAAAUUUUGUAAGCAGCGCGAUUCCCAGGCCAACCAGAAAACACUCACGAAAGACGAUGGUGGUGAAUACUCAGACAGAUCGAUCAUGAAAGCGAUUUACGAGGAUGUGGUCCAGCCAUCACCCUUGGUACUCUUCUCGUCACUCCCGAUAUCCGCCCCAUUUGACCAAGCUAGCCUCUCAAUCGAUUCUCAGCUCAGUUCAGACUCUUUUAUCGCCCUGCUAGACGAUACCACGCAUCAGAUCGUUAGCGGCUCUUCGAAACCGUUGAUCUAUUAUCAUCCCACCUACAAGCCCUCAUCAUCAGAACUCACUAGACCAACCAACCUAUUGGGGGAUCAAGAUGACACUUGGCCGGUUCGAUCAAUCGUCCUCCAUAUCCAAUCUCCCAACUGCAAAAAUACCUUCAUCAGGCUUCCUCCCUUGGAUAAGACCAUUGAAUUUCAUCCCGUCUUAGGCAUCGAAUUACCUUAUCUACACCUUCAACUCAAGCCUCUGGAUCAUACAUUCAUGCUCGAAGUGGGUGUUCGAGAUCAAGCGGGCGAUCGUAUUCUGAUCAGGGCUUCAACGUUUCAAACUGAAGCAAGAUCUUAUUCGCGUUCGAAAUCAAACAAAAGCGGGCAUACUAAGCUUAUCCACCUUCCACUAGUCUUCCCCACCUCGGAAGCCUAUACCCAAACGAAAUGGAAUGAUUUACUUUUACCACUUGAUAGCUUGAUACCCACACGAUACCAUUCAACCGAUUUCAUCCAGGUGCAUGCAAGUGUCCGAUUACGAAGGAUUUACUUCACCAGCGAUGGGAAACAAGCUUCGUCACAUUCAAAUAGAAACCAGGAUGGAUUGGAUCUUGAGUCGCAGCAAGUCAUCACUGCCGAGGGCGCCCGUGUCGUUUCGGCUUCUUCGGUUUUCAGACCCGAACUCAUCUUGUUCAAAGGGUCCGAAGCACAAGCUGGAGCUCAUUAGUUCAUGUUCUCUCAAAAUAGCAAUGACCUCAUGUAACAGCCUCCCUCGUCUGUGAUGUACUUGAAUGUGUUGAUUUUCUCUUGAAUUCCAUUCCAUUUUUUUUAUCAACUUAAGCAACCCUUAUUAAAAUAAUCUGACCGGA